AUGAUGGACAGCUGCAAACUUAGCGGACAGGAUGUGCCGGUGGCGAAGGAGCGGGUGCCCGAACUGCCUCCCCUCAGCUCAUCAGUACUGGGGAUGUCAUCCGAACCGUACGUCGACCGACAGGAGACGGCCAGCCGCUGGAAGGCCUCAGACAGAACCGAGAACGGACACCGCGAGUCGGAAGGCGCCGAGAAGCAGUCCCGCGCGGUGCAAAAGGAGGAGACCAGGACACCGAACGGGGUCUCCACCUCCACGGUGGAGGAGGUGACCAGUGAGGUCACGUCCAAGACGCUGGAAACCUCUCGGCUCCAUCAGCCGGUCACUGAACAGCUGGCGUCCAGUCCGUUCUCACACAACGGAUUGUUCUCGAGCGGCGAGACCGUGAGCAGGUCGCAGGUGUCCGAGAGGACAGAGGCGGGCCAGCGGGAGGCCGAGUCGGAGGAGACGCGGAAACAGACUGUUCAGCACGCCGUGUCCAGAACCCCGACGGGCUCGUCAUCGACCACGGUAGAGGAGCAGUCGACCCGCACGGUGUCGCAGUCGAAGGAGGUGACCUACGGACCUUCACCACAGUGGCGUCCCACACUUCAGGAGCCGGCCUCAAAAUCAAACGACCGACAGGAGACGUACAGUCACUCAAAGAUCUCAGAGAAGACGGAAACCGGCCAGCGGGACUCGGCGACCGCGGAGAAGGCGCAACGCAGUCACCAACAGUCGGUGUCAAAGACGCCAGAGUCGGCCGCCCCGAGCGCCUCCCACACCCGAACCGCUCAGGAGAGCCGCGCCCGGCCGUCCCAGCAGCGGCGCGAGCACAUCAUCCCCGUGCGGCUGUCACCGUUCCCGGCGCGGCGCCCGCCCCUCCGAGAGACGUCCGCCGACCGGCGACACUCCGUGGCGGCCUGGCCCGGGCUCGACUGGGGCCAGCCGCCGAGCGCCGACUGGUGGCUCAGCUCGGACUGGGGCCGCCCGUGUUUCCUGGGUAUCCGGUGGCCCCGGUCGCUGUGGGCGGCGCCGCCCUCCGGGGUGUCGGGACCCGGCGUCGGCGGGUCUGUGGCCGGCGCGGCGGCCAGACCGGCACUGACGUGGCCCGUCACCGCGCCGCCCGCCGCGCCGUCCGAUCGGCCGGCCGUCACCUGCAAGCAGGGUCUGUACCUGGACACGCUGGACGCCGCCCGCCUGGAGAAGAUCAAGACGCUGGAGUCGGCAGCGCCGGCCAGGAAGGAGGAGCCCCUGCCGGUCGCCCAGAAACCCGUCUUUGUCACGCCGCUGAAGAAUCUGGAGAACCUGCGCGAGGGCGAGCACGCCCACCUCGAGUGUCGCCUGGAGCCGGUCAACGACCCCAAGCUCAAGGUCGAGUGGUUCGUCAACGGACGCGAGAUCAAGACCGGCCACAGAUUCCGCACCACCCACGACUUCGGCUAUGUGGCGCUGGACAUUCUGUACAGCUACCCGGAGGACUCGGGCACCUACAUGUGCAAGGCCACCAACGAGGUCGGCGAGGCCGUCAACACGUGCACCAUCAAGGUCGGAGAGCGGCGCUCCAUCUAUCUGGACACGCAGCACCCGCAGGGCCUGGAGAAGAUCCGUGACCUGGAGAGCCGCCAGCCAGAGCGGGCCGUCGAAGUCGAGGCGCCCAAGGAGAAGCCGCGCUUCGUCCAGGAGCUCCGGGGCCCCACCCAGCUGGCGGAGCGUGGCGCCGCCCACAUCGAGGGUCGCAUCGAGCCCAUCCACGACUCGGACCUGCGAGUCGAGUGGUUCCACAACGGCAAGCCGCUACAGUCUGCCUCGCGCUUCCACACCACGUUCGACUUUGGCUACGUGUCGCUGGACAUCAAGGACCUGGUGCCCGAGGACCAGGGCCACUACACGUGCAAGGCCGUCAACAAGAUGGGCGAGGCCACCUCCAGCAUGGACAUAGAGGUUCUCGGCAAGGACAACAUCAUCCUGGCGUCUCAGCGGCCCGAGGGUCUGGAGAAGAUCCGCGCGCUCGAGCAGAAGGCGCCCCAGGAGCGGCCCGAGGAGGUGGUCACCUACCAGAAGCCCAUGUUCACGCAGCCGCUGCAGAACGUGGACCAUGUCAGCGAGGGCCAGGCGGUGCACCUGGAGGCGCGCCUCAUCCCCGUGGGCGACCCCCGGCUGACGGUGGACUGGUUCAGGAACGAGCAGCCGCUCCAGCUCGGCUCCCGUUUCAAGCCGACGCACGACUUUGGCUACGUGGCGCUGGACAUUGCCGGUCUGCGGCCCGAGGACGAGGGCGUCUACUCGUGCCGCGCCAGGAACGACCUCGGAGAGGCCGUCACCACCGCCUCGGUCCGCAUUCGCUCGGAGGCGAGCAUCAUCCUGGACACGCAGCACCCGGCCUCGAUGCCCAAGCUGAAGGCUCUGGAGGAGCGGGUGCCGGAGCAGCGGCCCGAGACGGUGCAGCACUUCGAGAAGCCCGUCUUCACCAUGCCGCUCACCGGGCCGGCCGAUAUUAUCGAGAUGCAGCACGCGCACUUCGAGGCGCGCUGCGUGCCCGUCGGAGACCCCAACCUCAAGUUUGAGUGGUUCUGCAACGGCAAGGAGCUCAAACUCGGCUCCCGCAUCAAAGAGACGCACGACUUCGGGUUCGUGACGCUGGACCUGAUGUCUGUGGUGCCGGAGGACGCGGGCGUCUACAUGUGCCGCGCCACCAACCUGGCCGGCGAGGCCGUCACAUCCGCCUCCAUCCACGUGCACGACCGCAGCAGCAUUCUGGGCGACGCGAUCCACGCGUCUGCCUGGGACAAGAUCCAGCUGAAGGAGGCCGAGAUGAACCGGGUGCCGGAGCAGUUCGCGGAGGAGCGACCGCAGCAGCCGCCCGUGUUCACCACGCACCUGCAGAGCUACGACCGGCUCACCGAGCAGCAGAGCGUCCACCUGGAGGCCACCGUCGAGCCCAAGACCGACCCCAACCUGCGCGUCGAGUGGAGCAAGAACGGCGAGCCGCUCAUGACCGGCACCCGUCUGCGCACGGCGUUCGACUUUGGACUGGUGACGCUGGACAUUAUGAGUCUGCGGGGCGACGACUCGGGCAUCUACACGUGCCGCGCCGUCAACAGGAUGGGCGAGGCCGUCUCCACGUGCACGCUGAAGGUGGAAGACAAGCACUGGCUGCUGGGCCAGUCGCAGCGGCCCGAGGCGCUGCCGGCGAUCGCCCAGCUAGAGAUGGGCCCGGCGCCGGCCGACACCGAGCGGCCCGAGCCCGUCUACGACAUCCCCGUGUUCAUCUCGCACCUCAACAACGUCGAGUGCAACGAGAACGACAAGGCCCACUUCGAGUGCAAGGUGGAGCCGGCCAAGGACCCCACCAUGACCAUCGAGUGGUUCUGGAACGGGCAGCCGAUGAGGACCGGCUCCCGCUACACGUCCAACUACGACUUCGGCUUCGUGACGCUGGAUAUCGCCGGCUGCCAGCCGGACGACGCCGGCCUGCUCGUCUGCAAGGCCACCAACAGCAAGGGCACCGCGCAGACCUCGGGCACGCUCAAAGUCAAGAGCAAGGCCAACAUCUACCUGGACACGGUGCACCCGAUGGGCCCGCGCGGCCUCGAGAAGGUCGAGGAGGUGGACGCGCUGAUGGCCAGCAAGCAGGCGCCGCACGACGCCGCCCAGCCGGACCGCGCCUUCCAGAAGCCGUGGUUCAUCGUGCCGCUGCAGCCCGAGUUCGAGCUCGGUGAGACCGAGCCGCUCCACCUGCAGUGCAACGUCGAGCCCAAGGAGGACCCCAAACUGAACGUCGAGUGGUUCUUCAACGGCAAGCCGCUCUCCCACGCCACGCGGUUCAAGGUGUCAAACGACUUUGGGUUCGUGCAGCUGGACCUGACGGACGUGUACCCGCGCGACCAGGGCAUCUACACGUGCCGCGCGUGGAACCAGGCCGGCGAGGCGUUCACCACCACCACAGUCACCUGCAAGGGCAAGACGGGUCUGAUCGACUGGACGCAGCACCCCAAGGGCGAGAUGGGCCUGGAGGCGAUCCAGGAGAUGGAGGAGGCCAGGAAGCGCGGCGAGGGUCCGCCGCUGACGGACGAGGAGGGCCACCCGCCCGUGUUCACCUCGCAGUUCCAGAACCUGUCGAACCUGAGCGAAAAAGAGGUUGCCCACUUCGAGGCUACGCUGACGCCCGUCGGAGACCAGACCAUGAAGGUCGAAUGGUUCUACAACGGGAAGCCGCUGGAAGCCAGCCACCGCGUGCGGACGGUGCACGCGUUCGCCAUGGUGGUGCUGGAGAUCCUGGACACGAAGAUCGAGGACAGCGGCACCUACACGUGCCGCGCCACGAACAAGUGGGGCCAGGCCGAGAUCAGCGUCAACCUCGAGUGUGUCGACAAGGAGAGCGGCAUGAAGCCAAAGUUCAUCACGCCCAUCAAGGACAUUACGGGCCUGAAGGGCGGCGACUCUGCGCACUUCGAGUGCAACCUGGUGCCGGUCGGCGACCCCAACAUGAAGGUGGAGUGGUUCCACAACGGCGUGCCGCUGCGCCACUCGUCCCGCAUCAAGUGCGUCUCCGACUUCGGGUUCGUGGUGAUGGACCUGGCCUAUGUGCAGGACGAAGACUCUGGCGAGUACACGUGCCGCGCCACCAACAAGUACGGCUCGGACAGCACCACGGCCACGCUGGGCUGCGUCGGCCGCGGCGGCGUGUUCGUCGACUCGCUGCAGCCGCAGUCGCUGCAGAAGAUCUCCGAGCUGGAGAUGGCGCCGCAGCGGCCCGGCGCCCCGGCCGCCGCCGUCCUCAAGCCGCCCAAAUUCGUCACCCAGAUCGCCGACAUUGCCACCAUGCAGGAGGGACACUCGGCGCACUUCGAGGCGCGCCUGACGCCCGUGCACGACCCCGACCUCACGGUCGAGUGGUACAGGAACGGCGUCAAGCUGCCGACCGGCCACCGCUUCCGUACCUUCCACGACUUCGGCAUCGUCAUCCUGGACAUCCUGUACUGCUACGCGGAGGACUCUGGCGAGUACGAGUGCCGCGCCGUCAACAAGGUCGGCUCGGACGUCACCAGGGCGACGCUGCGCUGCGGCUCCAAGGCCAACCUCAUCCUCACACCGCAGAUGCCCAAGGAGAUGAGCGGCGCGCUGGACAAGAUCCACGAUCUGGAGGACGCCUCGCGCCGCAUUAAGGAGCCGCGCGACGCCGACAAGCCCAAACAGGCGCCGCGCUUCGUCGUGCCGUUCAACAACGUGGACGACCUGCGCGAGGGCGAGAACGCCCACUUCGAGGCGCGCCUCACCCCCACCGACGACCCGACGCUGAAGACGGAGUGGUACCACAACGGCAAGCCGCUGAAGGCGUCCAGCCGGUACCGCACGCUCUGCGACUUCGGCUUCGUGAUCCUGGAGAUCUCGCCGGUGUACCCGGAGGACAGCGGCGACUACACGUGCCGCGCCUACAACGAGGCCGGCGAGGCCACCAGCACCGCCACCAUGAAGUGCACGAGUAAGAAGAACAUCGUGCUGGAGUCUCAGCUGCCCAAGGGCAUGGAGCAGACGAUGGAGAAGAUCGCCGAACUGGAGGGUCUGGGCGUGAAGCCCGAGCAGCCGGCCGAGUCGGAGGAGGGCCAGGCGCCCAAGUUUGUGACGCAGCCGACCGACCUGAGCCUGGUGGAGAACCAGCUGGCGCACUUCGAGUGCCGGCUGACCCCGACGGCCGACCCGACCAUGCGGGUCGAGUGGUACCACAACGGCCGGCCGCUCUCCUCGGGCUCGCGCAUCCGCAGCAUCAACGACUUCGGUUACGUCAUUCUGGAGAUUGGCGGCAUUUACCAGCGGGACGCCGGUCUGUACACCUGCAAGGCGGUCAACAAACACGGCGAGGCCACCGUCUCCUGCACGCUCACCAUCAAGAGCCGGUCGAACGUGGUGCUGGAGCCGCAGAUGCCGCACGACAUGGCCGGCAUCCGGCAGCUGGAGGAGGACCUGCACAAGCCGCGGCCGGCGGCGCCAGAGCCCGAGGAGCAGCCCAACCCGCCGCGCUUCGUCACAGAGCUCAAGAACCAGGACGAGCUGUACGAGGGCGCCGCCGCCCACUUCGACUGCCGCCUGGAGCCGGUCGGCGACCCCAGUAUGCGGAUCGAGUGGUUCUUCAACGGCCGGCCGCUGGACACGGGCUCCAGAAUGCAUUUCAUGGACGACUUUGGUUUCAUCGUGCUGGACAUUGACUGGACGUUCCCGCGCGACUCUGGAGAGUACGUGUGCCGGGCCACCAACAAGUGGGGCACCGCCUCCACCAAGGCCACGCUCAUCUGCAAAGCCAAGCGCGAUGUGCAGCUCGAGUCGCAGCUGCCCCAGGGCAUGUCGGGCGACAAGCUGCGCGCGCUGGAGGAGGGCCCCAAGCUGGGCGAGCCGGCCGCGCCGCAGCCGGACGCCGAGCCGCCCCGCUUCAUCAAGGAGAUCGAGAACGUGGACAUCUGCGAGGGCGAGACGGCCUUCUUCGAGGCCAGGGUGGAGCCGAAGACAGACCCCAACCUGCGGGUCGAGUGGUACAGGAACGGCGUGCUCGUGCAGACCGGUCACAGGUUCCGCACCACGUUCGACUUUGGGUACGCGUCGCUGCAGAUCCUGGGCGUCUACCCGGAGGACGGCGGCGAGUACACGUGCCGGGCCGUCAACAGGGCCGGCCAAGCCACCUGCAAGAGCGCCCUGACCUGCCGAGGCAUUUCGUCCGUGAUCAUGAUGAACCAGGUGCCGAAGGGCAUGAAGAAGUCUGACACGCUGAUGCAGAUGGAGGCGGCGCUGAAGCAGUACACCUCGGACAUCCACCUCACCGAGGAGGACAUCUACGACGCCGACCGCAAACAGCCGCCCCGGUUCGUCACCCAGAUCCAGGACCAGCUGGACCUUGUCGAGAUGAACGUCACCAAAUUCGAGUGCCAGCUGGCGCCCGUCUGCGACCCCGACAUGAAGGUCGAGUGGUUCUUCAACGGCCGGCCGCUUCCUCACAAGAACCGCUUCACGCCCAUCUACGACUUUGGUUACGUGGCGAUGAACUUUGGCUGGGUGUACCCGGAGGACUCUGGGGAGUACCUGUGCCGCGCCACCAACAAGUACGGCAUGGACGAGACGCGCGCCGUCAUCAAGACCAAGGGCAAGCCGGGCAUCGUGUACGACUCGCAGCUGCCGGCCGGGAUGCAGUCGGUAAAGAAGAUCCAGGAGCUGGAGUCGCAGUGGAACCGGGCGCCCGAGCGGCCCGCCGACGAGGAGAAGGUGCCCGAGGCGCCGCAGUUUGUGCUGAAGCCGGAGCCGUGCUCUGUGAAGGAGGGCGACUGGGCGCGCUUCUGCUGCCGGCUCACGGGCCACCCGCGACCCCGCGUCAUGUGGCUCAUCAACGGUCACACCAUCGUCAAUGGCACUCGCUACAAGCUGACCUACGACGGCAUGUGGCGGCUGGACAUUCCCAAGACGCGUCAGUACGACCACGGCAAGAUCGAGGUGAUCGCGCGAAACGCGGCCGGCGAGGCGUACACCUCCUGCGAGCUGAACGUGACGCCCAAACAGGAUGACUACCGGGCCAUGCUCAAGAACUCGCCCAAACCGUGGUACGACUACGACCUGAAGCAGUACCAGAAGGACCGUCAGGACGACGAGUUGGAGCGCGUGUUCGAGGAGAAGGUGCGGCCCGGCAUCAGCGUCCUGCACCAGGGCGAGCACCAGAAGGUGGUCGAACAGCCCGAGACCGAGUGGCAGAAGAUGGCCAAGGCCAAGAAGGGCGCCGACUACUACAGCAGCUACAAGCAGCUGGAGGAGGAGCAGCUGAUGAAAGAGUCCAAGAUCCGCGAGGCGGGCCACCAGUUCGCCGUUCCCGGCGAGAAGAUCAAGCACAGCUCGGUCGCCAAGGGAAUGGCCGCCAGCUACAUGCAGAAACUGGGAACUAAGAGCGAAUCUUUUGAAGAGACUACGGCCACAGCAAGGCGCACUGUCGAAUCGUCCGAAACGGUAUCGCACACGGUCAGGAAUGAGUCGGCAGAGAGCUCCAGUGACGCGUCUCGAAUGUCCCGCGGGGCCCAAUCCGUGCUCCGCAGGCAGCCUAGCUCCGAGGCCGACCAAAAACCAGAGGCGCAGCCGCCACCGCGCCGACAGUUCAUGCCCGGGCCCGCCGAGUCCGUGGUCCAGGGCAAGGAGGUACACACCAACAUUCAGCGGCAGCAGCAAAAGGAGCAGCGCGGAGACCUGGAGAUCCGGCGCAACAUCACCGCCAAGGAGACCUCCGAGGUCGAGCAUAAGGCGCAGACCCAGGAGCGCGUCGUGCAGGGCAAGGUGGAGCCGUCCAAGCCUCCGUUCUUCACGCGCAAGAUGCAGCCGUGUCGGGUGUUCGACAAGGAGGGUGCCAAGUUCGAGGUGGAGUUCACGGGCGACCCGGCACCCGAUGUCGAGUGGUUCCGCGAGGACUUCCUCAUCAAGUCCAGCCAGGACUUCAAGAUCACCACCACCCAGCGCAGGUCGGUGCUGCAGAUCCGCGAGGUGUUCAGCGAGGACUCGGGCCAGUUCUCCUGCAUCGCCUCCAACCGCGGCGGCAAGGCCAAGUGCUCGGCGAACCUGGUGGUGGAGCAGCGCAAACAGGAGCGCGGCGCGGCGGCGCCGCCCAACUUCGUGCAGACCAUCCAGGACACCACCGUCAAAGCUGGCAAGCUGGCUCGCUUCGACGCCAAGCUGGCCGGCACCAAGCCGAUGGACGUCUAUUGGCUGAAGAACGGCCGUAAGAUCACAGCUGACAUGAAGUUCAAGAUCCUAGAGGACCAGGAGGUGUACACGCUACUGAUUCUGGAGCCGACCGCGGACGACUCUGGCAGCUACGAGUGUGUCUCCAUCAACAAGAACGGCGAGGCGCGCUGUCAGGGACAGCUGGUGGUGGAGAGCCCUCCUCCGGCGCCGGCGCCCAAGGCCAAGGCCAAGGCUCAGCCGCAGGAACAGGCCGUAGCGCCCAAGAUCGUGGAGCCGAUGAAGGGCUUGAUUGUGGUCGAGGGCCAGGCGGCCAUGUUCCGGUGCCGAUUCAGCGGACACCCAGCGCCGACGGCCCAGUGGCUGAAGGACGAGAAGCCGAUCAAGCCGUCCAAGUAUUUCAAGAUGGAACAGGACGGCGACGCGUUCAUCCUGCGCAUCUCCGAGUGUUUCCCGGAGGACGAGGGCACCUACUACUGCGUGGCCACCAACUCGGCCGGCAAGUCCACCAUGAAAGCACCGCUCAAAGUUCAAGCACCCAAGGAGGAUGAGGCGCCCACCGUCACUCCCAUGAAGGACGUCACCGUCGAGGAGGGCCAGCCGGCCCGCUUUUCGGCCAAAAUCACAGGGAAGCCCACGCCGACCGUCAGCUGGCUGCGGGAAAACACCCUGAUUCCGCAGAGCCGCGACUUUAAGAUGGCCAUCAGCGGCAACACGGCCUCGCUGGAGAUCGUGGAGACCUACGAGGAGGACUCUGGUGUCAUCACGUGCCGGGCCACCAACAGCGCCGGCACCAGCGAGAGCUCCGCCAAACUGAUCGUCGAGAGCGCCGAGACCGAGAGCGAGUCCGAGUGACCCGAGGCUCCAGCCGCGGCCACGACGGAGGCGACGGCCAAGACGCGACUGUAGAGUAGGCACUUGACAACGACGUUGCUCCGUGUAUUAAUCAUUUCGGCAGAGGCUAGGCGGACGGGUAACCCGUGUUAUUUAUGUGGGGAUAGGCCGGCCAGCCGUACGCUGGGAAGGGUGCCGGGCGCCGCCAUGCUGGGUGGCUCGCCGUGGAGUGUUGGCUCUGGAGGCUGUCCUACGAUCGCCCACCGAUCGCGUUACUGUAGGACGGAGGUGAAGUAACCCCGCUGCCUCCCUAUGCUGUUGUAAAAUAUGUUUCAACGAUAAAUACGAAUUUUAUUAUAAUAAAUAAUAACUUCCCAGGA